GGGGAGGAAAGGAUCAGCAACCUCUCGGCCUGCCGCUACUGCCACAAGCUUGAGCCUUCAGAAUCAAGCAGUUGUUGCCCAUAAUGUUUGAUGAUGACGAUGGAGUGGAGCCACACUUCGAGGAUGUGAACGAGUACUAUUUUGAGGAUGGUGAAAAGAAACCUGUUUGUUUCAGUAUCUUGCCUUUCCAGUUUGAUGAGAAUGAUAAAGUGACAUAUUGCAAUAUCGAGAAGAAUGUAUUUUUACGUGGAAUUGCGGAUAAAAGCCUUCAUGUAUACAAGAAGGUCAUAGCUUGGAAGAUAGGACUUGACAGUGAGAAGCCCAACAUCUGUAUGCUUUCUAUUGAGAACAAGUGGAUAAAACUGUUGAAACCACGAAAAUGCUAUGGAGAGUUUGUUCGAUCAGUUUUGAUCACAGUCCAAAUGCUCCACUUUGUUCGGAAGAGGGACCAGAGAAGUUGUUUGGAUCACGUUUGGGAUCACCUUGAUGAAGUUUUUGGUAAAUAUGAUACGAAACCUAUGGAGGAUGACUUGAUGAAGCACCAUCGCCUAAUCAAGUUGUUUGUAGAGAAUGAUGUAACAUUGAUGAAGUCAAAGAUUCUGCGAAGGCUUAUUGAGAAUGGCUUUAAAAGGACCAAAACGGCCUUAGGUCCGGAAGCACAAUUCAUUGUCGAUGAUGAGCAACAUGUGACAAAAAACCAUGGUAACCAUUAUCAUAACAACGAUGACAAUGGAUAUGCUAGCGAUGAUGAUGAUGAUGAUGGCACUGAUCAAAUAUGCGCUUUAUGUGACGAUGGGGGAGAAUUGCUUAGCUGUGAAGGUCCAUGCAAGAGGUCUUUCCAUCCCACAAAGGAAGAUGGAAGAGAAUCUAAAUGCAGAACUCUUGGUUACACUUUGGCAGAAGUAGAGAGAAUGUGUCCAUUUUUAUGUGAAAACUGCAAAAAUAGGCAACACCAAUGCUUCAGAUGUGGACAGCUUGAGCCAUCCCAUGGGCCAAAUGCUAAGGUGUUUCAAUGCAAUAAAGAAUCUUGCGGAUAUUUUUACCACCCUAAGUGCAUUGCACAAUUACUGGAUCCUAAUGCCACUGAUGGAGCUUGUGAGUUGGAGAGAAGGAUUAUGGAAGGCAUGCCAUUUUCGUGCCCCAUACAUUGGUGUUUCAAAUGUGGAAUCAUGGAGAACAAAACUCAAAGAGGACUUAAGAUUGCGGCGUGUAGACGCUGUCCAAGGGCAUAUCACUUGCAAUGUCUUCCAAGAGAAAUAUCCUUCAAAACAAAAGACAAGGAUAUCAUCAAACGUGCUUGGAAGCUUUCCGAAACAAUUUUGAUUUACUGCCUAGAUCAUGAGAUAGACAAGGCUACUAGAACAGCUAGAAGGAACCAUAUAAAAUUCCCAGCUAUGCCUGAAGGAAGCACAGACAAGGUGACUGGCAAAAGGGAAAAUAACACUGACCAAUCAACAAAAUCUAUAGAAUCGCCGAACAUGUUGUGAAGAUAAGAAAGAGAACAAGCCCAUUGUAGCUGUGAAAAACACAUCGCCCCUGAUUGUUCUAGAAGCUCAGUGUGCAGCAAAGCGCUUGAAGGGUUAUCCACAAUUUGAAGAGCUUAUGGUUGGUGGUGCUAGUCAAAAUGGUGCAGAAACUGUGGAAGGGCACAAAAAGAAAUUUGGCAUUUCAUCUUCAUAUGCUAUUGGAGAAAUACCAAUGAGCUCAUCCUGUGCUGUGAGUACUGAAACAGAGAAGAGAUAGCUCUCAAUGUCCCUGUUUUCACCUGUUUUAUACUUUUGCCCACGGAAUAUACGGAUAGGAUUAAAUUUCGCUGUUGAUGACUUCAAAAGGCAUUACUUUUUAAGCUAUUUUCCAUGGCCAUGAUGUACAGCUACUAAUGAUCACUGGCGGAGCCACAUUGUGGUCAAAGUGGGCCGUGGCCCCCCCUUGCUCCAUGAAAAACUUGCAUGGCUACAUGCUGUAUUCACCAUCCUCAAGAUUGGU